AUGACGAACAAGCGAGCGUUGCCGUUUGAGUUGGCCCGCAUAGCUUCCGCUUAUAAAGAAGAUGAGGGUUUACAGCAGCAGGUAGAAUAUAUAUUAACACAAUUAGGGUUUAGCUCUAUAGAUGCUGUGCUGCAGCAGCAGCAACCACCAGCAGCAGCAGCAGCAGAAACUGCUGCUGCUGCUGCUGAAGCUUCGCCAGGAGGUGAUGCUGCAGCAGCAGCAGACCCAGCAGCAACAGCAGCAGCAGCAGGAGGAGUAGAUAAGCAACAAGAACAACAAAAAAAACAGCAGCAGCAGCAGGAGCAGGAGCAGCAGGAGGACUUGUUGCUGCAGCAGCUGCAGCAGCAGCUGCAGCAGCAGACAAAAGAGGGCGGGGGGGUUCAGUGCUGUUUGCUGCUUUUCUUUGAUUGUAAAGAAGAAGAGAUGUGUAGGAGACAGCAGCAGCAGCAGCAGCAGCAGCAACAGCAGCAGCAGAACGAUCACCACCAUCAACAGCAGCAGAAGUAG